UGUGUUGUGAGUGCAUGCGUGUGUGCUGAAGAUCAGGAGCUUACUGGACAUCAGGUGGAGGUGUUGAGUUGAACACUGCGGGAUUUCCUCAGGAUUUUCCUCCCAGCGCGUACCGGACCGGCUGCAGCGCGCGCAGAUAUGGUCUGUGACACACACCGCAGCAGAAGCAUCAGCAGCAUCAUCAGUUUCAGCAGCAAGAGCAGGAACAGGAGCAGGAACGUAAGCAGGAACAGCGCUACCAUGAGAGGAAGUGUGUGCUUCAUCACAGUGCUCCUCAGCUUCACAUGCCAUGUUGGCCCCACACAGGCCACCUCGCAGGCCACCACUGCAACCCCAAAUGAAGCAGAGUUGAGCGACAAUAUCACAGUUUUCACUCGGAUCCUGGACGGACUGCUGGAUGGCUACGACAACAGACUGCGUCCUGGACUAGGAGAAAAGGUGACUGAGAUCAAGACCAACAUCUUCGUCACCAGCUUUGGUCCUGUGUCAGAUACAGAGAUGGAGUACACAAUCGAUGUGUUUUUCCGCCAAAGUUGGAAGGAUGAGCGUUUGCGCUUCAAAGGGCCCAUGGGGAUGCUGCCUCUGAAUAACCUGCUGGCCAGCAACAUCUGGACUCCAGACACCUUCUUCCUGAACGGCAAGAAAUCCAUCGCACACAACAUGACCACGCCGAACAAGCUGCUGAGGCUGCAGGACGAUGGCACGCUUCUCUACACCAUGAGACUGACCAUAUCAGCAGAGUGUCCCAUGCAGCUGGAGGACUUCCCCAUGGACGCUCACGCCUGCCCUCUCAAGUUUGGAAGCUAUGCGUACCCAAUCUCAGAGGUGGUCUACAAGUGGACCCAAGACCCUACUAAGUCUGUUGUGGUGGCAGAGGAUGGCUCAAGGCUCAACCAGUACCACCUGGUUGGCCAGACAGCUGGCACUGAGGACAUCAACACCAGCAGGGGCCUCUACACAGUAAUGAUGGCUCACUUCUACCUGAAGAGAAAGAUCGGAUACUUCGUGAUCCAGACCUACAUGCCGUGCUUCAUGACCGUCAUUCUGUCUCAGGUCUCCUUCUGGCUGAAUCGGGAGUCUGUCCCUGCGAGGACGGUGUUCGGUGUGACUACGGUGUUAACCAUGACUACAUUGAGUAUCAGCGCCCGAAACUCUCUGCCCAAAGUCGCCUACGCCACAGCCAUGGACUGGUUCAUUGCCGUGUGCUACGCCUUCGUCUUCUCCGCCCUCAUCGAAUUCGCCACCGUCAACUACUUCACCAAGCGCAGCUGGGCCUGGGACGGCAAGAAAGCCAUGGAAGCUCAACAACCCAAAAAAAAAGACCCUCUGGCUCUCUCUAAGAAACCCAACAACACGUGUUCGACCGGCAUGAACUUCACCGCCAACAUCACUAAAGACUCGGCCAUCUCCACCAUCUCAAACAGCACCACGGUGCAGAUGAAGAGCUCCGAAAGCAAGUCCACUCCUGACCCUAAAAAGACCUACAACAGCGUCAGUAAGAUCGACAAGAUGUCCCGGAUAGUGUUCCCCGUCCUCUUCGGUACCUUCAACCUCGUCUACUGGGCCACGUACCUCAACAGGGAACCGGUGAUUAAAGGAGCGGUGUCUCCUACAUAGAAAGUUCUCGCGUUCGUCUCCUCCCCAUUUUUUUUAUCUCUUUUUAUUCACGCCAUUCGAAAUAAACUGAAAAAAUAAGCCCUAUUUCAUGACCAUGAUAGGAUUAUUCUCACAUUCUUCUCUCUCCUGUACUUGUUUUUCUUUUGGUUUUCUCGGAGGUUGCAUGAUCAGUUCUGCAGAAACAUUGUCUUAUUGCCAUGUCUGCCUUGACUUUCUACCGUAGAUUACCUUUCCUUCUACACCAACUAGGGGUUUCGAUCACAGCAGAUCGGUUUGCGACUUCCAAAUAUCACAUCAUACGUAGAAGAAGUACGCAUUUGGCAUCUACAUGAGUUUAUCGGUCUGGUACAGCAUCUUGCGUGAGCAUUCACAUCUACAUAAACCUUUUCUGUCUUUUGUUGUGUUAGAACCUGAAACUGAAACCCUCAAAACUUGGUGUUUGUUGAUAUCAGAUUGGGACUCUGACUGGAGUGAGAACCGACACAUUCAGGUUCUUGGUUUUGGAACUUCUCACUCAUUUCUCUGUUACAAGGUGAAGCUCCAGUCCUUAGUCUUAAAUCUCUGGUAGACUGGAAUGUAGAUUCCUAGAAUGUGAUUUCCAGUUUUCUAGACUCUGAUGAUGAUCAUCCUGAUGAGAACAUCUAAGAAAAGUCUGAGCAUUCUCCUACGGUUUUAUUCUCCUACAUGGUUCUCCAGACAGACCCCCAGCCCUUUUUCAUCUAGGAUUGCCCUGCACUCAGAUCUGUCCUUCUCUCCAGACCUCUUAUCCUCAGAUCUGCUCAGUUUCCUAGACCCUGACAUUUACAUUUGCUGCAUUUGGCAAACGCCCUUAUCCAGAGCAACUUACAACUGAGCAGGGGAUGGUUUAACGGCUUUUGCUCAAGGGCCCAGCAGUGGCAGCUUGGUGGUGGUGGGAUUUGAACCUGUGACCUACCGAUCCAAAAUCAAAUGCCUUAACCACUGAGCUACCACCUCCCUACCCCUCCUACCAGGAGCUACCCCUCCUCCUUUUCAACCUGACAAGGAUGAAAGCUCAAUUAGAACAAAAGUCUGAGCAUUCUCCUCCAGUCUCACCAUGGUUCUCCUCAAGGCUUUUUAUUCUAGAAUUGCCCUGUACUCAGUUUGGUGCAUUUCUCCACCUUGUCCUCAAAUCUGACAAGCAUUCUAGAGCCUGAUGAUAAUGAAAGGCCUAAUGAGAACAUCUGAGAAAAGGUUGAGCAUUCUCUUCCAGUCUUUCUUCAGACAGACCUCAAGCAUUUUCUUCUAGAGUUGCUCUGUAUUCAAGUCUAUCUAUCUCUCUGAAUUGUCCUCAGAUCUGCCUAGUUUCCUAGACCUUGAUGAUGAUGAUAAAAGGCCUAGUGAGGAAAGUGAGAAAAGUCUGAGCAUUCUCCUACUGUCUCACCAUGGUUUUCCAAAGAGACCUCCAGCCCUUUGCUUCUCGGACUACCCUGUGUUCAUGUCCGUCCAUCUCUCUGUCUUCUCCUCAGAUCUGACCAGCUUUCUAGACCCUGAUGACAAAGAAAGAACAUCUGAGAAAAGCAUUCUUCAACAGUCUCAUCAUGGUUCUCCAGACAGACCUUGAGCCCUACCUUGGACCAUACUCUAUUUUUUCAUUCGUUUAUUGCAGUGAAUAGGGAGAAAAUCCAUGUGCAAUGUGCAGAAGAAGUGGUCGGAGUGGAGAACCAUGAUCUAUCUCCACAUCCAUUAUCCCCUGUCCUCAGACCACUUGGAUCUUCUCCAAUGAACCUCCAUUGCCACAGUAUUAAAGCUCUUGUAGACAAGAACAGCCUUUUUCCUUUCUUUUCUUCCAGUAUUGUCCAGUGUUCAUCUCAGUCCAUCUCGUCAGUACUGAUGAUGAUGAUGAUGAUGAUGAAUUGAUGGCAUUCUCAGACAGAUGAGUGUUUAUUUCUCUACAAACGCCAAACACUAUUUCAUACCUUUGCUUUGUUGAGUGUCCUGGUUGUGGUUCUUGUGAGCUUCUCCUGUCUUUAGGAUCAGCUUCAGAGCCACGUUUUGGCUUCUUGGUUGCUCCUCUGACGAUUAAAGCAAUUAUAAUCACUGCACCAGCUGUGGUGGAAACCACGAUUGAUAUUUUUCCGGAUUUGGUUUGAUAGCUCCUUGAAUUUCUUGAUGCAUUGUUUUUGGUUUGGAUCAGGUUUAUGUUCUCUAUGAAGCUCUCUCAAGAACACGUGUGUAUAUAUACUGAGAUCUCCAGACACAAUUUCACGAAUGUCAACUCCAUUCCAAUUCCAACUGACUGCAGGAUGAAGAGUACUGACGCAAUCACAUGUUCUAUACUUUUAUUUGUAAAAUUUGCACAUACUUUUGUGUUUAUUUAUUUAUUUUUUCCAUGAAAUUAAAUCCCAAUUUCAGGUUCUACGUUUAAACGCUAGGAUGCGUGAACUUUCAAGCCGGGGGUGAAUACUUACGCAAGACACUGCAUAUGUACAUCAUCAUGAAGUCAGGCAAUGCCAAAUGCUAUGCAACGGAAAAAGAAUUUUCUAUUCUAUUGGUAUUGAAACGCUCACGUAUAUAUAAAAAAAUCUCGCUUUUUGUAUGAAUGAACUCGAAGCUUCUGGUGACGGAGUCGUCUCUCGAAAGCCGCGAGUGCCGAGGCGGAGCAGACGAACAGCUACACGUGCUAUAAAAGUGUUGCCUUCUUUCAGACAGUGCACUGAAAAAAAAAAAAAAAAGAAUCGCUUUUUAAAAUAAAAAAAAAAAAGACUUUCGAAGCUAUUUGUUAUAUAGAGCUUGAAGCCAUUUUGAAGUUUGGGGCUGAACCUUUGCAUUGUGCCAUCUAGUGGCAGCUUUUAUAACUUUUUCUCGCUCUUUAAUACUCGCAGCAACGUGGAGUAAAGGAGGUCGGGUUGCAGUUAUGACUUUCAGAAAUCACUUGUAAAUAUUCUGCGUGUGCUUUUUUUUCUGCUUUAACGUCCGAAAGAAAUUAAACUUUGUGCUACGAUACGAUAUGAUACGACGCUACGAUACAAUGCUAUGAUGCUACGCAGCAGUGAGGCUGAAGAAACGCUAAAGCGAUUCCGCAUUUCUUUUUCUUCUCGUCCGUCCUUUUUCCUCUUCGUGUGAAGCUUCGCUUCGGUGUAAUCUUUUAACAUUCUAGUGAUAUAAUGAGCUUUAUUAUUAUUAUUAUUAAUAUUAUUAAUAUUAUAAAUGUAUUUAUUGUUUUGUCAAUGCAGCACGCAGACAGACAGACAGACAGACAGACAGACAGACAGACAGACAGACAGACAGACAGACAGACAGACAUUCAGGCAGAAAGCUUUCCAAAAGAUAUAGUUUCUUCAUGUUCUUUAAAAGAAAGAUGUCAUUUUUUUCCCUCUGUGCUGCCAUGGAAACGAAUUGACAUCGGUUUCCAUCAGAACUGGAGUGGAAGGAUGGAAAGAUCUUUUUUGGUUUAAAGUAAAUAAAAAACACAUUCGACCAAAAAAAUGACCCUGAGCUCACAGAGAGAGAGAGAGAGAGAGAGAGAGAGAGAGAGAGAGAGAGAGGGGGGAAUAACGUGGCAUCAUGGCAGAAAGGAAUAUUAAAUUAAGUUCGGAAGCAGAAGUUUGUAUCCCUCCAUUUUUUUUUACACAAAAAUUGCAUAAAAAUUAAAUAAAUAAAACCUCCAGGAAUAAAAGCAAAAAUCUAAAGAACCAAAGAGACGCUCCAAAAUCUGUUCAGAUAAUGAGAGAGAGACAAACAAAGGAUAGAUAGAUAGAUAGAUAGAUAGAUAGAUAGAUAGAUAGAUAGAUAGAUAGAUAGAUAGAGAGAGAGAGAGAGAGAGAGAGAGAGAGAGAGAGAGAGAGGUUUAUUCAGGUUUAUAACAUCUAAUUAUACGUCUGUCAUAUUACACACACACACACACACACACACACACACACACACACACACACACAGAGUGAGGUACAGUGCUGAUGUGAUUGUACUAAAAUCGUGAUGUAUCUGAUGAGCGACAGUCAGCAGAAGCAGACGUGUUAAACAGGAAGUGACUGAUGAGUUUGCAGUCGUGUUGCUUCUUUUGUUCUUUUUUUAACUCAGUUAUUUCUGUGAUGUACAUUUUGUCAUGUAAAAUGUCUGAAGCAAUAAAACUCAUGCCUGACAUGCGGA